AUGGAGGAGGAGAUAAAAUCAAGAUUCAAAAGAAUUUGUGUAUUCUGUGGGAGCAGUUCUGGCAAGAAACCAAGUUAUCAAGAAGCUGCUAUUGAGUUGGGCAAAGAACUGGUGGAGAAAAGUAUUGAUUUAGUCUAUGGAGGUGGGAGCGUGGGUCUUAUGGGUCUUGUUUCUCAGGCAGUUCAUGAUGGUGGGCGCCAUGUUCUAGGGGUUAUUCCAAGGACUCUCAUGCCCCGGGAGAUAACAGGGGAAACUAUUGGGGAAGUACAAGCUGUAUCUGAUAUGCACCAGAGGAAAGCCGAGAUGGCUCGACAAGCUGACGCUUUCAUUGCCCUUCCAGGCGGUUAUGGUACACUCGAAGAGUUGCUUGAAGUUAUUACAUGGGCUCAGCUCGGAAUCCAUCGUAAACCUGUGGGCCUGUUGAAUGUUGAGGGUUACUAUAAUUCCUUGUUAUCUUUUAUUGAUAAGGCCGUUGACGAAGGUUUUAUCUCUCCAACAGCUCGAAGAAUUAUCGUGUCGGCUCCGACCGCCAAACAGUUGGUCAGAGAACUUGAGGUACUAGAUUCCUUGUUCAACAACAAAAUUAGCCAUAAAGAAAGCAAUAUUUAUGCAAUUUAA